CGGGAGAGGAGAAGAAGACAGCUUGAUUGAGGAGGACAGUGGCGGUGGCGGCGGCGACGGCGGCGAUGGACGGUGUAGUUGUAAGGCGAGUUAUUGACUCUGACAACAGCUGUUUGUUCAAUGCGGUAGGAUAUGUGAUGGAGCAUAACAGGAUGAAGGCCAGCGAGUUGAGGCAAGUCAUAGCAGCCGUGGUUAUGAGUUCUCCUGAUGUAUAUAAUGAUGCGUUCUUGGGAAAACCGAAUAAAGAGUACUCGGACUGGAUUUGCGGACCUGAUCAUUGGGGGGGAGCGAUUGAGUUGGCGAUUCUGUCAGAUUACUACCGGCGGGAAAUUGCCGCGUACGACAUUCAAACUCGACGGUGUGACGUGUACGGACAAGGGAGGAACUUUCCCGAGAGAGUUAUGGUGAUUUAUGAUGGUUUGCACUACGAUGCUCUGGCGAUGGCGCCUUUUGAGGGUGCACCUGAAGAAGUCGAUCAGACUAUCUUCAACGUAGAAAAGGAUGGGAGCAUUGGGUAUGCAUCCCACCUUGCUCAGAAACUGGUUGAUGAAGCGCACAGAGCGCGAAGACUUUUCUCGGCUCUGACUUGGCUCGGACUUGGCUCGACCUUGGGUCGAAUUUGGCUGGGAUUUGGCUCGAACAUGGGUCGAAUUUGGCUGGGAUUUGGCUUGAACAUGCGCGGCGAAUUUGGCUGGGAUUUGGCUCGAACAUGCGCGGCGAAUUUGGCUGGGAUUUGGCUCGAACAUGGGUCGAAUUUGGCUGGGAUUUGGCUCGAACUUGGGUCGGAUUUGGCUGGGAUUUGGCUCGAACUUGGGUCGGAUUUGGCUGGGAUUUGGCUGGGAUUUGGGUCGGAUUUGGCUGGGAUUUGGGUCGGAUUUGGCUGGGAUUUGGGUCGAACUUGGGUCGGAUUUGGCUGGGAUUUGGGUCGAACUUGGAUCGGAUUUGGCUGGGAUUUGGGUCGAACUUGGGUCGGAUUUGGCUACGAGCCGCAGUAUAAUAAUAAGCAAUGGCGGGAGCUGUUGAGAAAAAGGAGGGAAGAGAGGAAGGUGGAACACAAAUUGGGACGAACGAGACAUAGUGGAUUGCACGCUGGAAAGGACUACGAAAGGUCUCCAAAAGUCAACAAACAGGAGUGCACGUGUACACAAAAGAAGAAGAAGAAGAAGAAGAAGAAGAAGAAGAAGAAGAAGAGGACGAGGAGGAAGAAGAAGGAGAAGCACAAGAGGAGGAGGAAGAAGAAGAAGAAAGACAAAGAAGAAGAAGAGGAGGAGGAGGAAGAAGAAGGAGAGGAGAAGGAGGAGAAGGAGGAGGAGGAGGAGGAGGAAGAAGGAGAAGAAGAAGAAGAAGAAGAAGAAGAAGAAGAAGAAGAAGAAGAAGAAGAAGAAGAAGAGGAGGAAGAAGGAGAAGCACAAGAGGAGGAAGAAGAAGAAGAAAGAAAAAGAAGAAGAAGAGGAGGAGGAGGAAGAAGAAGGAGAGGAGGAGGAGGAGGAGGAGGAGGAAGAAGAAGAAGAAGAAGAAGAAGAAGAAGAAGAAGAGGAAGAAGAAGAAGGAGAAGCACAAGAGGAGUAAGAAGAAGAAGAAAGAAAAAGAAGAAGAAGAGGAGGAGGAAGAAGAAGGAGAGGAGGAGGAGGAGGAGGAGGAGGAGGAGGAAGAAGGAGAAGAAGAAGAAGAAGAAGAAGAAGAAGAAGAAGAAGAAGAAGAAGAGGAGAGAGGAGGAGGAGGAAUUAUAGUGAUAAACAGUGGCCAAAGCU